CAUGUCACCCAGUUCAACUGUGUGGCUUAUUGAUGUGAGCUUUCUCAUCUCUCAUCUCUCUCUCGUUAAGGGAUCGUGAGUCUUUAACCAGAAUUAAGUAACGUCACCGUCAAUCAUUACUAAAGCACACACACACAACAAACCUGAGUGGAUGCAUUCAGAGGCCGGAAAGCACAACCAGAGUAAUGACUGGCGAACGUUUCAAACGUGACUGAAUAACCGGAGACGUUUCUUGCACAUCCGUUAAUCCUAAGAACACACACACACACACACACACACACACACACACGCACACACGGAAGCGUAACCUUGGUCAGAGAAGAGAUAUUGUACAUAUAAAAGGCUGAGUCCGAGGCUCUGCACACUUCUGAACUCACCGCACGGCUGCUGGGAAGCUACGAAGUGGCAGACUGAGAGAGAAAGAUGAAGCACUAGAGGGAAAAGAGGGAAAAGAUAGCAAGUGAUAGUAAACAAGAGUGAGUAAGACAGAAGAAGCACAAAGCCACAAAAAAACAAGGAGGGAUAAGAAGGUGUGACACACUGUCGGCCCGGCCUUGGUACAGACAGUUCACCUCCUCGACAUCCGAGAUAGAGGACUUUUCCUUUUCUUCGUCUCUAUUUCGUGCAUUACUUUCCUCAAAUGCAACGCUGCGGAUAUGUGCACCUUUGGCUGUUGUGGUCGGUGUCGUUGAUCUGCCUCACGUCAGGGAUCGCGAGCGCCGACGGGGACGUGGCGCCAACGCACCAAGACUCCCAACUGGAGCCGCCACCUGAGUCCACAUCCAACUGGAGUCAGACCGAACACGGCCACGGCUCCGUCGCCAUCACAGGAAUACCCGUCGUGACCUUUAAGUGGCACCAUGUGGAGACUCCCUAUCUAGUUGCGUUGUGGAUAUUGGUGGCUGGUUUGGCUAAAUUGGUCAUCGAGGCCAACCACCAUGUGACCAGCGUGAUCCCAGAGAGCGCCUUGCUCAUCUGCUUCGGCUUCAUUCUGGGUGGGAUGAUUUGGGGUGCAGACAUGGUGCAGACCUUCAAGCUGACCCCGACGUUGUUCUUCUUCUACCUGUUGCCUCAAGUCAUCCUGGAUGCGGGUUACUCCAUGCCGAACAAGCUCUUCUUCAGCAACAUGGGGGCCAUCUUGAUCUACGCCGUCAUCGGGACCUGCUGGAACGCUGCCAGCUUGGGGCUGUCGCUGUGGGGGUGCCACAAGGGGGGAGCCAUGGGUGACCUGGACAUCGGCCUGCUGCAGUAUCUUCUCUUCGGCAGUCUGAUUGCUGCUGUGGACCCCGUGGCCGUCAUCGCCGUGUUUGAGCAAGUCCACGUCAACGAGGUCCUCUUCAUCAUGGUGUUUGGAGAGUCGCUGCUCAACGACGGCGUGACAGUGGUGCUCUUCAAUGUAUUCGACGCGUUCGUGUCACUGGGAGGAUCUGGAAUUGAUGCUGUGGAGAUCAUUAAAGGAAUCAUUUCCUUCUUUGUGGUGGCGUUUGGUGGUUCCCUCGUGGGCUUUGUGUUCGGCCUGCUGAUCUCUCUCCUGACCCGGGGCACUAAGAACAUCCAGAUCAUUGAGCCAGCCUUCGUCUUCGUCCUGGGAUACCUCGCCUACCUCACUGCUGAGAUGCUCUCCCUGUCUGCCAUCCUAUCGAUCGUCUUCUGUGGCAUGUGCUGCCAGAAGUACAUCAAUGCGAACAUGGACGAGAAGUCCGUCGCCACAGUCCGAUACGUCAUGAAGGUUCUCGCCAACGGAUCGGAGACCAUCAUCUUCGUGUUCCUCGGGAUCUCAGCCAUUGACAAGUCGAUCUGGGUGUGGAACACGGGCUUCAUCCUCCUCACGCUCCUCUUCAUCUUUGUGUACAGAAUUAUCGGUGUCUUUUUCCUCACCUGGAUCUUGAACAAGUUCAGACUGGUCCCCGUGGAGUUUAUAGAUCAGGUGAUUAUGAGCUACGGGGGCCUGCGAGGUGCUGUCGCAUACGGCCUGGCUGCGAUGCUGGAUGACAGCAAGAUAAAGGAGAAGAAUCUGAUGAUCUCCACUACUCUCAUCGUAGUGUACUUCACUGUCAUUCUCCAGGGAAUAACGAUGAAACCUCUCGUCAACUGGCUGAAAGUCAAACGAGCUUCAGCGACGGAGCUCACUCUCAUAGAGAAAUUGCAGAACAAGGUGUUUGAUCACAUGCUUGUUGCCAUAGAGGAUAUAUCUGGACAAAUAGGACAUAACUACAUGAGAGACAAGUGGAAUCACUUUGAGGAGAAGUGGAUGUCGAGGAUUCUGAUGAAGCCGUCGGCGAGGAAAACCCGCGACUACGUCUUCAACGUCUUCCAUCAGCUGAACCUCAAGGAUGCCAUAAGCUACGUGGCUGAGGGCGAACGCAGAGGCUCUCUGGAGUUUGUCCGCAAUGACACCGCGUUCGUCGACUUCAAGAAGAAGUUUGCCGACGACUUCUCAGAGGUCAUGCCCGACAUCACAGCCGACACGUCGGACGAUCACGGCGCGAUGAGUGGGAGAGAUCAUGUGCCAUCGGUGAGCCUGGAAAUGCAUGAGCAGACCAUGAAGAGUGUGAGGGAAACAGAGGACAUUAACACUCACCACCUGUUGCAGCAGCAUCUGUACAAGGGCAGGAAACAGCACCGGCACCGAUACAGCCGGAGCCAUUUCGACGUCAACCAGGAUGAUGGCGAGGUGCAGGAGAUCUUCCAGAGGACCAUGAGGAAUCGUUUGGAGUCCUUUAAGUCUGCAAAGAUGGGCGUCGCUCCGCCAAAUAAGAUCACCAAGCACAUAAAGAAAGACCAGCAGCAAAAGAUUUCAAAUGGAAAAUCAACAGACAAAAGUAAAAGCUACUAUUCUGGUGAUGAAGCCUCUGGCUUUGAGGCAUCGGGCGGUUCCUACCCCUUCCCCAUGAUGGCCACCUACAGAGCAGGAGCUGGCGUUGCGAAUCCAGCCUACAUGCCGGACCUGGACCCCAUGGCACCGGCGCAGAUCCCCCCGUGGCUGGCGGAGGCCGAGCUCGACAGCGGCCCGGUGGCCCCUUCGCAGCGGGCCCAGCUGAGGCUGCCGUGGACGCCCAGCGACCUGCGCCGCCUGGCCCCCCACCGCAUCAGCAUCCGCUCCACCGACUCAUUCGACGAUCCGCCUCCUACGCUUAGGCCUCCGCCUCCGCCUCCGCCUCAUAUGUAGCAGCACCCAGCACACCUCCUCCGCCUCCCUCUCAUAUGUAGCAGCACCCAGCACCCCUCCUCUUUCUCCCUUUAACCCAGCCGCCUGAGGCUCAGCACCUGACCUCAGAUUUUGUAGCGUCUACUCUCAAAAUAUUGAUGGGGGAAUGUUUUUGUUUCCAUCCCAUUGCUUAACCUUACUCCAUCCCCCGCCGAGUCUCUUGACCAAACAUUCACAGUCCCACAACCUUUGUGCCCGUCUCCUGAGCUCCUCCUGUUGCUCUAACGUCUCCCUCCACUGAGCAAAGGGAAGCUGCACGCGAAAGCCAGAGGCCCCGUGCACGGGCCGGGCCGGUUAUCGACCAGCACAUGUUGAACAUUGUCAUAUUUGCCCCCCUCAGGUUCACAGUAAACCCGUCAAACAUUGCAGGUCCCUGGAGUAUCUCAUCCCUGAAUGUGAUGCAAGAAUGUAGAUAUCUAUGUGUUGCGUUGUUCAUAAAGAUAACACAUUUAAUCAAGAGUCCAAUGAAAAUUAUUCCAGCUCUAUAAUCGCAAUGUUACAUUUUUGGUGUGUGUGUGUUUUCUCAUUUAGUACAUAUACGAGAAAGACAUAUUAUAUUUAUUCACAAAUGAAGGUUGGUAUUGUGUGGACAUCUCUGCAUAUAUAUUAUGAUCCUUCGAAAAAGAACAUUUUACUGACUGCUUUUGAACUGUGCGCAUUUAAAUAUGGAUUAAGAAAUAAAAAUUUAAAAAACA